ACUCUCUCACACCCCCCUCACUCACGGUCACACAGGCACACACCCACUAAACACGCAAACAAUAACACAGCAACUUAGAAAGAAGAAAGAAGGAAGAAAUGAAAGAAUAAAGGGGAAAAGGGGAGGGGGCUGCGGAGAAGGAGAGGAGGAGAAGAGGGAGUCGUGAUAGGGGAGAAGAGAAGAGGAGGGAGACGCACCGGAGCUGGUGGGCCUCGCCGCCGCUGACGCCACGCCGUCGCGAGACUAGAGGAGAGGGAGAUAGAGCGCGACCUUGAGAGAGAGGAGUGGUCAUCGUCACUGAAGAGGAGCCGCACUGCCACUGCACCACGCCUCGCCGCCACCAUCGCGUCAUCGCCGCCAGCUUCAUCGGAUCUCUGCCGCCGAACCCGUUCAUGCUGCCGCCGUUGGAAUCGCGAACAGGGGAGGGUGAAGAUGCGCGAAAGGGGGCGUCGCGGAGUUGCCGUCGCCAUCGUAUUGCUGGGCUCGCCGUCGUCGCGUCUGGGUGGCUGUUGCGCCGCCGUUCAUCACUGCCCAGUCACCGUCGAAGCUUUGCGUCGCCGUUCUGACCGUCAGAAACCGCCGGUGGAGCCACUGUCUUCUUGGGCUGAGUUGUGGUUCUUGCAUGCUGAGUUCAGUAGCCGUGCAUGCGACAUCAAGCUGCCGCGUCGUCAACGGAGUCGCCGCCGUUCCGUUUUCUCGGAUACUCGUAGGUUCAGUCUUUUCUUUUUAGGUUAUGGACGACGAAGUUCGGAAGAUCUUAGUUAAUUCGUUUCUGUUUAAAUGCUAUGUUGUGUUGUAUUAGUUACUUUUUUUCCCUCGCCUUUAUUCUUACAAGUUUUUAUAAGAGGGAUAGGAAUUUGAUUAUGUAAUGUUUGUAAAAUUAAUUUUAUGUAUAUAUAUUUAUAUGUAUCCUUUGUAAGUAUUGAUAUUCGUAUGGAUGUAUGUUACUUGUUAAAAAAAUCCUUUGAGCGGUUAUACGAUUUAAGUUUUAAAC